UACGUACGGCCCGGGCAACGUACGUAUGUGUACAUGCAUCAAUUUCACGUCGUAUCGGUUCAAAUCACGAAAACCAAACUCUCCGAUUCAGUGUCGCAAUUAAUGUAAUGAGCAAGGUUGAUUCUGUUUUCCUUCCUCCAUGCUUUUACCAUCAUGUCGACAGCAGGAUACCAUUAUAAGCAGUUACUUACGAAUGAGAACGAUGCCGAUGAGGACUACGGACCGCCACCCGAAUACACUGACUACCCGAAAUGUCCUCCAGGAGACACGGAGGUUCAGGUAGUGGCGCCCCGGCCUCAAACCAUCAUAUCCACUCCCAACGUGUGCCAGCCUAACGAUUACUUCGGAUUGGCACUCUUUGUGACCGCUUGUUGCUGCCUGCCGCUCGGCAUUGUGGGAUUGAUCAAGGCCAAUGACGUGCGCAACCGUUUUCGAUUGGGGGACAUCGCCGGCGCGGAGCAAGCCUCCAGGGAGGCCAGGAAAUACUCCUUCUGGGGGUUAGGCAUCGGGAUCGUUGUACUGGUUGGGACCAUGAUUGCUACUAUUUUGUUGGUCAUCAUGGAGAUAAACGCCAUUGAAAAUCUUCAGCCUAUUUACGAAGGGACGAAUUAGGCCCAAAAAACGUUGUGUUUUUUUUUCAAAUUUUUUUUUUUUCAAGCAACGAACGUUUUGGCGAAGUGUUUUUGUCAAAAUCAGUUUACUUCAACUAAAUCAUGGCAAUCACUGUUCGGAAAAUUUCACCUGAAUCGUAUUUUGAGUUUUCACGAAGAAACAAAUUCAAACUCUAUUGCGUUGUUCUAUGGGGCAAAAAAAACGCGCGGACAAAUUCAAACCUUAUCACGUUGUUCUAUGGGGCAAAACACAAUGCUCGUGUGGAAUUUAAGUUUUCACGAAGAGUCAAAUCUCUACGGAGAUUAAUUACUCCGCAAUUAAUUUUUCUAUUAUACUGUUAUUGGCACAUCUUUGAAGUUUAAGAUCUCAGCUUAGGCUAGGCUACUGUUUGUAUUAAAAAUUAGUCGGCAUGUGCUAAAAAAAAAUAGGAAAAAUCUUUUUUCUUUUUUUUUUUACUUAAAUUCCGUUUUUCGCAAAACCACUGUUGGUCCCGUGGCCCAAAAUCGUCCCUUCGUGAAAGCGUUGACAAAUUAUAUGACUUAAAGAAAUGAGCAUAAUGAUGCAUGAUGUUGGAGAAUCGUGAAAGUUAAGUGUAGAAAAAGAUUCUUAUGUUUUUCUGCGGAAUUUUAAAACUUUUUUUCAGUGUCUUGGAAAAAAUUAUUUUCAAAAGUCCAUUUUUAUUGUGGGCCACAAAUGAGCAUGUGAUGAAACUGUUCAUCGCAGACACUUAAAUUGCAUCAGUGUACUUGUUGUAUUUCCCAUUUUUAAAAAAUUGUGAAUAUUAUGGGGAUCUGAAGUUGUGGAGAGGACAGCUGUAUAACGAGCAUGGUGUGGCAUUCUGGCGAUAUGAAUCUUUAGUUAUUGACCCCUAUUAAUAAUAAUAUUGCUGUAGAUUCAGAAAUACAUUUUACUAUUUUUCACUCCUUACAUAAUGAAAACAAUUGCUUUUUGUGAUAAAACGGGGAAAAUCCACAAGUUCAGUGAAAUGAAAAACACCCUUAUUGUAAUAAACACUUAACACGUUCAUAAAAUGAAUAACCUGACAUUAA